GGUUGCUCAUGAAUUGCCACCUUUAUUGUAAAAUAAUGACACCUUUUAGUGAUAUAUAGUCACCAGGUUAGCUCACUUAUUUCAAUUAUGGUGAACACACUGUAGGUGUGAGGAACGGAUGAGUAUUUAACUAAAGGGAUAGUGUGCGUUUUCAAGUUUUUCACAGUUUUUCACAUUUUGAAGCAUCAAUCAAGAACAAAGAAUACGAUUUUUUUUAAAACAGCAAACAAACAUAUUAAAUAUUCCUUUCAGUGUUGUGGGAGAUGAACGCUACGGCAGCCUUUGUCAAAAUGAGUCCAGGCAUGGACCAGCAGCAGUGUAUCAUUGAUACGCAUCAUUCCACGAUAAAUGCAGUAGGCAAGGAAGAGCCUGGCCAGGGAGAGGGACAGAAGAGGCUCCAAUACAUGCUGAAGGAUGGAAGCUGCCCUGUGGUCUUCCGGCAGUCGCCGGGUGAGUGGAGCUUAUUCCUGGUUGACAUCUUCACCACACUAGUGGAGAUACGCUGGAGGGCCAUGUUCCUCAUCUUCUGUCUCUCGUACAUCCUCUCCUGGCUUUUCUUCAGCCUCCUGUACCUCCUCAUAGCUUACAUCCACAAAGACCUUGAGGAUCCCGACACGGAUCCGUGUGUGCAGAACGUCCGCAGUUUCACCUCGGCCUUCCUGUUCUCUAUGGAGACACAGGCCACUAUUGGCUACGGAUUCCAUGUUAUGACGGAGAACUGCUUGGUGGCCAUCGCGGUGGUGACAAUGCAGGACUUGACCAGUUGCUUCAUCAACACAGUCAUCAUCGGCAUCACUGUGGCAAAAAUGGCGUGUGCUCGCAAACGGGCGCAGACGGUGGGCUUCAGCAGCUGUGCCGUUGUCCACCCACGCAACAACGCCCUGUGCCUUGAGUGGCGCAUCGGCGACUUUCGUGGGAACCACAUCCUCGAAGGCACGGCCAGGGCACAGGUCAUCUGUCCAGUGACGCACCCAUCCGGGGUGAUCUCGGUGACUUACCAAGACCUAGACAUCGAGAACAGGAACCUGAUCCUGGUAACCCCAGCCAGCGUUGUCCACAAGCUGGAGCCUGGGAGCCCUCUCUACAGCCUUGGACCAGAGGGCAUGACGCAGGGGGACUUUGAGCUUGUGGUCUCGUUCACCUACACUGGGGACUCCACGGGCAUCCUCCACCAGACACGCACCUCAUACACACUGGGGGACAUCCGCUGGGGCCAACGUUUCCAGGACAUGGUGUGGCUUGGGAGGAGGCGCUACAAGGUGGACUAUGCCCGAUUCAAUCAGACCACCUGGGAGCAGACUCCCAUGGUCAGCGCCGAGGAGAUUGACAGGCGGAGAUCUGUAGCGCCAACCGCAGUGUCUGUCAUCCGAUCGCAGCAGCUGUUUUCGAGAUCGAGCAGGACAUUUUUAAGGUCACUGACUGAUGUUGCGGAGGAAGUUAUUCAGGAGGCGUCACUCUGA